AUGAAUAGCUCUGUUAAAUAUAAUCGCAAGUCAAUUCUUAUUUACACAUUUCCUAGAACUGACUAAGCGAGUUUAUAUCGUGGAGUGUGGCGGUUUAACGUGACGGAAAGACAUGUGCUGUCCGAAGCGAUUCCUAGUUGUGGGACUAGGCUUUCUAGGGCUGCUGUUUUCUAUUGGCUACAGGGCGGUGUUUGCCCUGGUGAUGGUAGACGUCACCAAAAAGACAUCUUCUCAUCAAAAGUGCCCGGUGAAUGAGAGUGAUCAUUCCAGAUACCUUUCCUUGGCUGGGAAGGUAACCGAACAGUUCUCACAGACUAUGAACACAGCCUAUUUUGUUGGCUCUCUGCUCACUCAGGCUCCAGGAGGCUACCUUGCAACCAGGUUUUCUCCCUCCAGAAUCUGCGGUAUUUCCAUCCUUUUCACCUCCAUUCUGAUGCUGUCGUUGCCAUUUGCUAUUCCUUUGAAUAAGUGGCUAACCAUGGUCAUACGAUUUGUCCAGGGAGUUGUGGAGGGAGCGUCGGUGCCGGCCCUUAAUGGCGUUAUAUCGGCUUGGGCCCCGCGGACUGAGAAGUCCAGGAUGAUAACAAUCUCCUACGCAGGGGCCUACAUAAGUCCGACAGUAGCCUUCUUGGUGACCGGCUUUACGUCAUGUUAUCUCAGCUGGCACUCCAGCCUCUUCAUAUACGGCGGAUGUGGGGUAUUAUGGUCACUUGUAUGGUUCCUGGUAAUACACGACACUCCUGCUCAGCACCCUGGUAUCGGAGAGCAGGAGAGACAGCUGUUUGAGGAGGAAGGACCAGGACAUAGAGGAGGAAACAGACAAGUAGCUUACAGUAUACCAUGGCGGAGUAUUUUCACCAGUUUGCCAAUGUACGCAAUCAUCGUUGGUAGCUUUUGCCGGAAUUGGAUCUUCGCUAUGAUUCUGACGGAGCUUCCGCAAUAUUUCCAUGAUGUUUUCUCCUUAAGCAUAGAUGAGAUCGGGUGGAGGACGGCUGUACCGGAAGUAUUUAUGACUAUAGUAACCGUCACUGGCGGAGUCCUUGUGGACAAAUUAAUUAAAUCCCGGAAGUGUGGCAUUACUACGACUAUAGGACGGAAACUGGCACAAUGUAGUGGGUUUGGAAUUGAAGCAAUUUGCUUCUUUGUCCUGGCUACUCUUGGCAAAAGUACAGAAGAUAGGAAUGUGGCUGUCAUUAUAUUGUGUGUCGGUGUAGGCUUUAGCGGGCUUGCUAUAUCAGGUUAUCAAGUGAAUCCACUGGACCUUGCCCCCCAAUACUCCAGUAUCCUUACUGGCCUGUCCAGAUGUGGCGCUUUGGGAGCAAUUAUGAGUACUUCAAUAGCGGCUGCAAUUAGAGGUAAAACAGGGGAUGUGCAGAAUUGGCAGACAAUAUUUUGGAUAGCCGGAGCGGUACACAUGGCAGGCGUGGUUUUCUACGGACUAUUUGCUCAGGGAACAAGACAAGAUUGGGGGCAAUCAGCAGAAAACAGGAACUUGAUAAAUCCCGUUGAAAACAAUGUGGACACAAGCGACUAUAACAUAAACUUUGCCCGCAGAGAUCACAUUUUCAGCAGAUCGGCCGAGUACGGAUCUAUCCGUGAAGGCGAGGAAGACUUUAUGAAUAACGAUAGAAUUUUCUCACAAUCUGUAGACAACGGGGCUCUAAGAAGGUCUUAUGAUGAUGGAGCACAAGAUUGGUUUCUUCUGUCGAUAUAACUUGGUACAAAGAUCGGUAGUAUAUUGAUUUUGGUGAUAAUUAAGCAUUCACCAGAUUGUUUAAUAAAGUGAUGUUUAGUUUACCAUGUAAGGUAAGGAAGAACGGAACUAUUUCAUGCCCUGAAACGAAUUUUGGGUAAGGUAACUAUUUCAUAAUUUUUGAUUCGUUACAGAGAAAUUAUUCAUGUCAUAGAGUGACUAUUGGGUAAGGAAGGAAAAUAAUUUUAUCUCAUAUAGUGACAUUUUGGUCAGGUAAGGGAGAACUUUUUUUCUGUCAAAGGGUGAAUUUUGUAUCCAAAUUAUUAAUUGAAACGUCAUUUGAAUGAAUCAAUAAUAAGUUUUAAGGAUAUCCGUACCACUGCCAAAAACGUGACUACGCAUUUGGCAUUGUUAUGUCCAAAACAAAAUUAAGGGGAAGUUACUGUACAUGUAUAUACGAAAAACCACAUUGCGAACAGGGAUUCUUCACAUUUGUGAAGUUCAUAAUAAAUUCAAGUUUUAAAUUUGUAACUAUGUUUCUAAAAAUACAUUCUGAUAUUUUUUUAACUUUUUACUCAAAGAGGAUUUUUCAUAUUUCUCAUAUUGCACCAAGGGCGAAUUGACAAUGUCCUCAAAUAAUAGUCAUCGCUGUAUAGUGUACAAAUUUAUGAAAUACAGGUUAACGCCAUGGUCAAAAUAUAGACAAAGCCAUUAACUGAAUUAUUUCAAUUAUUCUAGUAAUUAAACAUAACACAGUCUUCCUGAUUUUACAUGGGAUUCGCAAGUCGGGCUUUAUUUUCCAAACAUCUAAUAAAAAUGUAUAAUGGAGCGUUUGAAUAAAUGUCGUUGAAGGUACCGUUUUUCCCAUAUGACCUGAAAGCGGAAUCAGAGGUCUUGAGUCGCAUACUGUCAAGAUAUCUAUUGUUCGAAUCCGCUUGAAUGCGUUUUAUAUUUUUGUUUUUAGAUAUGUGUGAUGCUUCUUUUUAUAACAAAAAGUGCAUUUUUUACAAUCAUUUACUGUGGUAUUGCUUAUAUUUGUGGUUAAAAAGUUAUUUGACAAAAAUAAUUUGUUUAUUUUGUCAAAGUACCUUAUAUUUUUACAUAAUGAAUUGUUUUCUCGAUCAAAAGAAGGUGCAUUUUGUUUUUUUCAGUUUGAUACAUUGAUGAAUGAAUGAUAUUGGUAACUUCCCGACAGCUAAUAGUGUUUAUUAUGAUUUACAUGAUGCAGAUCGGUUUGAUAAAACUAAAAGUUAUUUCUUUAUGAAAGGAAGGAAAACCAAGAAAAACGGAGCUUUCAUUGACGCCGACCAAUUGGAAAUGCAUCAGUAUUUUUAAUUCGAUAUCAUAAAUCAUUACAAAAAUAUCAGUCUAUCGGUUUGGUUGACAUCUUAUAAUUAUAUGCCAAUUAUAGAGGAACUGGUGUCAUAAGUAUAUCCUAACAAUAUCUUAUUUUCGGUCGUGCACUGGAUCACCAGCCACAAACACGAUGUAAGUGUCAUGAGAACAACAGGAUGAGUUAUAUUAGAGUUUAUAAACAUUUAAAAAAAACAUAAGAAAACAUAUCAAAGGUGAUCUGAAUGAGCUUGAUGUUUGUCAACAUUUGUAAAAACCAUCUGCAACGGAACUGACGAUUUAUGUUGACGUAAAUGACAAACUGCACGAGUACGAUGGUCACUCUACUACGUAACGUUUUCUGAAUUAAAUAUAGAUAAAUCAGAAGAAGAGACACAUUAUAGCGUGCAAAGUUCAAACAAUGCAAGUGGCCUUCACAAUAUUUUAAAGGAAUAUGACAUGUUUUAUUCUAUUUAAUGAUAUACUUUGAAUGGGUCAUUUUUUCUGAGACAUUGUCUAAAUGUAAUAAUGUGUCAUUGUUUAAAUGGUGAUUGUAAAGAUAUAAAUAAUUACAGGAAAACUACCCUGGCAAGCUGCUUAGGGAAACUUAAUAAAUUUGUAUCGAUGAUAUUAGGCCUGCGAUGUAGGACAAACAAUAUAGUAAAAUAUCAGCCGCUAUGUUUUGAAAAGUUUGUUGAGGAACGUCAAAGGUGAGCUGUGCAGGAAAACGCUCGGGUAUAUAUGGGGAAAUGUUACUGGUGCUGACAGGUUGUUCGCUUUAAUAAAACAAUGAUGGGCUGAUAUUUUUCAAUAAGAGCGUGAAGAAAAAACAGAACAGAACAUAAAACAUCCGCGAAUCUAAAUAUAUUAUUGUAUACAGCAAAUAUUCACGAUACUUCAUUUAAUACCAAUAAAUAAGGAGAAUAUCAGCAAGAUAUCAUAAAAAAAUCCAUUACCCAUUAGGUUGAUAACAAAACACUGAACAGAAUCUUAGAGUAUGUAACGUAAUUAAUCUAAAUGAUUUAAAAAAUGAGUUUCAUUUUCCUAUGAAAUAUCCAUGUUAUUCUAUGGCUUGAACGUUUUUGGGAGAUUUGCUCAGUGUUAGACUUCUAAUUUAAAAAAUCCAGCGGACUAAGCAGAGUAUAUCAAAACAACUUCAUGCAAAAAAGGAACCCAUGUAUUGUAAAUUGUCAGCAGUGUUUGUUGUAUGAAUUUGUAAUUGUAUUGUGCAUUAUUUGUAUAAUGUUGUCUGACGUAGUACUGUAAACAGUACGCUUGUGGUACUUAGUAACCGAUGAGACUCGAGGUAAUACAGAACUUUAACUC